AGAGGAAUUUUUGCAGGGACGUUUCCAAGUGUGACGGGCACAAUAAAAGCAGGACCCUCUCUGGGAGGGCUCCUGGGGCACUGCAGACCCAUUGGCAUGAGAGGGGAGCCCUGAUCCAGCCCUGAGCAUCCAAGCUGGCUGUGGUUGAGGAUUAUAAGAGCUGUUUUGAUCAGGGGAAAAUUUCCGUUUUUAGCACAGGCAGCAAUUAAAAUAGCUCGCGAAUCUCAACGCCUCGGGGAGCUGUCAUAAAAGGAGGCAGAAAAUCCGUCUUCUGGACUCCUCUGCAGCUAGAGAUGAGCCUGGAGGCAGCAGAGGAGAAGAGAGCCUGAGGUUCACCUGGUGAAAAAGGACAACCCCAAGACCUUGAGCCAGAUCUGCUGCUGUGAUCCCGGGAUGGCUGUGGAGGAUCUCCGGGCUUCCAGCACCCCUUUCUCGCUCUCCUUUUCGGGCAGUGGCUUCCUGGCCCUGUACCAGGUUGGAGUGGUGCAGUCCCUGCUGGAGUUGGCUCCCGAGCUCCUCAAGUCUGCCUGCAAGGUCUACGGCUCCUCGGCCGGGUCGCUCAUCGCCGCCGCCGUCGUGUGCGGCGUCGGCCUCGAUGACCUCAAGGAGUUUUUCUUUGCACUGGCAACGGAAGUCAGGAAAACCAUCCUGGGCCCCCUCUCUCCCAGGUGCAGCUUGCUGGCCAAUCUCAAGGCUGUCCUGCAGCGGAUGCUGCCGGAGGAUUCCUACCUGCUGGCCUCGGGGCGGCUGCACAUCUCGCUGACGCGGGUGGUGGACGGCCAGAACGUCAUGGCCUCGGAGUUCAGCUCCAAGGAGGAGCUCAUUCAGGCUCUCCUCUGCAGCUGCUUUCUUCCAAUUUACUGUGGAUUCAUCCCUCCAUCCUACCGAGGAGUGCGCUACGUGGACGGAGGCUUCACGGGCCUGCAGCCCGUGUCCAGCCUGGAGGAGCCUGUGAUCACCGUGUCCCCAUUCACCGGCGAGCUGGACAUCUGCCCCCGUGACUGCCCUGCCAUCUUCUUCUGCUUCCAGAUCUUCAACGGCAGCAUCCAGAUCUCCAUAGAGAACCUGUGCAGGAUCAGCUAUGCUCUCUUUCCACCCAGCACCAUGGUCUUGAAUGACAUUUUCUCCCAGGGAUACCAGGACACUGCCCUUUUCCUGUACAGGAACAAUGCCUUUGGCUUUAACUACUUUGAUGGCAAUUUCCGCUUCGGCAGCACCUGUGGGAAGAAUGACCCUCAAAAAUCCAAUGGGACACACCCUGGCCUUUACAAAAGGGUCCCUCAGUGCCUGACCCCUUACUUCCUGCCAGGCUUGUGGAAGAAGGAGCAGGUGAAUGGACUGCAGGACCCACUUGCAAAGGUCCUGCUGCAACCAUACAGGCUCCCAGCCUUAUUCAGGAAGGGGGUGAAGAAGGUGUGGGGGCUGCUGGAAGGUGUCAGGUCCCUGGUAGAACGACUCCACGAGCUCCUCCAAACCUUGGUACCCAGUCUACCUAAGACAGCCAUGGACAGGAGGAGGUAACAAGAUAACAAGGAUUGUCCCAGCGGGGCCCUGGGGGUCUCCAGCGCUGCCUUGGAAUGUGUUGGGCAACACCAGCACACACCAGCAUGGCUGCUGGUUCUCGAGGGAAUAUUUGGGGAGUAUUUUUUUCUUCAGAAUCUGUCUGGUUCUGUCUGCAGUGCUGCCACUGCAGUGCCCCUGCUCAGGCCUCAUCUGCUUUUCCAUGAUGGCUGAGGCAAAGCUCUGGUGCUGCUCCUGGGACCCACCCCAGGCUGCAGGGGCCACGGGGCAGCUUCACCUGCAGACCUCAAAGCCCAGUCCUUUCCCUGCCCACUCCGUCUCCUCCCCACAAGCAGCAUCCCUUCCCUGCUUUAAUGAAGAUUACAGGGUGGGCAGUUACCAGGAAAUGCCAAGUUUUAAGUGUUUUCUACCCACUCAAAAACUUCAAGAGAGAUUCCUCAGAGAGAGAGAGAGAGAAGACUUAGGGAGCAUCAUACUGGGCAGGAAGUAAUUUUUCUACAGUUCCCUGAAGAUUUUUUACCAAGUAUCAAUUCUUGAGCUUGACACCUGCCCAUAGCAUGCUUCUGCCUCCUGUGGAGGUGGGAAUGCAUUUGGAUCCCCCUGGAACUUGCAGAUGUGCAGAAGGAUGGAGGAACGUAAAGAUUAACUUCCCCCUAGUACUGACUCCUGCAGGCUGCAUCUCCUGACAUUUCACAAAUAUAUGAGUUCUUCUCCUGCAAUUGUCUGUAACUCAUGGUCAGACAGAGAAUGGCCCAGGCAAUCAAACCCUGUGUCACUGGGCUGCACACAGAAUUAAUUAGCAGCACUGUUAAUUAUCCCAAAAGUGUGCUGCAUAUCAGAGGCUGUGGAUUGCCUUUGCCCCAGCUGUGUCUCCUUGUUUGUUGGUUUUCGACAGGCAAUAAAUGGAUCCCAACAGCAGCAGCUGUUUAUUAGAGCAAAUAGCCUGUUUAAUUGCACAAAGGGAAAUGGAACAGAGGGAAGUUUCAUCCAAAGGGCUGUGGAGACUGCAGGCAUGAAUGUGGGGAGUAGCUGAAGGCAGCCUUAAUGUAACCAGACUCAAAGUUAACUAGGAGUGCUGUGUGAAAGAACAAUAACCAGUGUUCUGCCAUCUUUGGUUGAAAUCAGUGACCUGGAAGUACCUUUUCUGGAAUGAGUUAGAUAAAGAAACCUGGACACUUAUUUCAUAGAAUCAUGAAAUGGUUUGGGUUAAAAGGGACCGUAAAGAUCACCCAGUUGCAAACCCUGCUAUGGGCAGAGAUAGCUUCAACACCCCAGGUUGCUCCAAGUGUCAUCCAACCUGGACUUGGACACUUCCAGGGAUCCAUAGGCAGCCACAGCUGCUCUGGGCACCCUGUGCCAGGGCCUCAGCACCCUCACAGGGAGGAAUUCCUUCCCAAUAUCCCAUCUAUCCCAGCCAUCUGGCAGUGGGUAGCCACUGACCCUUGUCCUGUCCUGGCAGUUCCUGAUGAGGGGUCCCUCUCCAGCUUCCCUGUAGCCCCUUCAGCUCCUUGAAGGGGCUGUGAGGUCUCCACACAACCUUCUGUUGUCCCGGCUGAACAGCCCCAGUUUUCUCAGCCUGUCUCCAUAGGGGAGGUGCUGCAGUCCCCUUAUAACUUUCUGGCCCAUUUUGAUGGAUCCCGUUUGCAUUGGAUCCUGUCUGCUCCUGUCUUGCAUCCAUCCUGGAUGGAUUUACACUUCUCAAGCACUGCAGCCAAAGGCAGGCUGCUCAAAUCCAGCUGUUCCUGCCACAGGGCAAAGUGGAAGGCUCAGAGACACCCAGGCCUCCCCAGGCAGGAACAAUCAGUCCAUCAUUUGCUUUUGCACCUCUGCUCCCUCCCACUUAUCCAACAGCUCCUUCUCCAGGCUGCUGCAAGCACCAGCCCCACCUCCAGGCCGGACAUUACCAUUUCAGUCAGCCUGAGGCAGCUACCCUAUUGAAAUGGGCAUUAAAAUCUGCCGGAGAAAAUUCUCAUCUAGGAAUUGGACUUCCAAAUCCAUUAGAUGCAUCUGCAAACCUUAGACACAAACAGGAGCACAGUUGGAAAUGCCCAGUGUAUCUCACCUGCCCCAUGUGGUGCUUGAGCAUAAACAAUUAGUAAAACUUUGAGAAGAUUAAGAAAAAUCCAUCUGCACAAAGUCCCCAAAAUCAAAUGGUUUUGGGUUUUGCUUUAUUAAUCCCUCAUCUUUUCAAGCAAGCAGAGCUGGUGCUGUCUCCUCUUGGAGACAAGAGCUUGGAGCUAAUGGCAACGGGGGCUUUGCCAGAGGCAAGGGAUAGGGCAAAGUUUGGCAUUGAUUGGAAUCAUCUUGUGCAGGAGCUUGUUUGACCCCAAGGAAGCAAAGUGGGAAGGCCAGCUGCACCCAGUGGGGAUAGAAGCAGCCUGGAAUGCCUCCUCUGGGGGUGGAUCGUGGGAAUCACCCAGGGGCUGUGGCACUGCCUGUGCUGUGGCAUUGGUGGCACAGUCCAUGUGCUCCUCAGGGCAGGUCAGGCUCAGCCUUCAGGCUGGGUUCCAAGUUGCUCAUUGCCUUUUUAAAGCAGAAACUGGGGCCAAAGGCAGCAGCGGGCUCAGAAAUGCUCUUCUGUGGCCGACCUGGCCCUACAGGGAAUAAAACCACGUUGGUCAGUCUGACAGACACCUCUGGCAGUUCCUGUGGCACAAAGUGCCUGGUCAGAGCUGCUUCCCUUCCUCCCGAUGCGUAAAGGGCAGCCGGUUUUGGUAUCCUCAAAACAUUACCCUUGUACUCCUGUCCUGUUGCUUGUCUCCUUCUGCUUUGAGCUCAGCAGGAAUGUGAAGCCUGAGGUGGAUGGGAUGAGAGUCUGGAGACAAGCCAAGACAGCAGAGCUCCCUCUGGAGCUGCACCCUGCUGCAGGUCUAGAGGGAAGAGUCCUUGAGUCUGAGCCAUGAAACUGAGCCCAACAAGGCCAAGCACGUGCCCAGUCCUGCCUGUGGCUCUGGCUGUUGGCUGCAGGUGCUUUAUGCCAGAGUCUGUUUCCAGCCAGGGCACUAAGGAGGGUGCAAUUCCUUGUGCAGUUGUCCUGCUGGGCACACAGAUCAGUGGCUUGUGGAUAACCUGCUAGUGCAGCCUGAGCCUCGUGGGAUUGCAGGCUGCAGACACUCGUCCAAGAAAUCAAGUACAACGUGUUCACACGUUUAUCCCCCUGCUGCUUUGGUAGCAUCGCUGAUGUUCUGGCAUUGCACAGAGAAACAGUGAAAGAGCCUUUUCCUGGCCUUGAUCAGUAGGGCUUUUCCUUCCCAGAACUGGAAAAUGUGAUGUGCUUCUGCUCGGGAGAUGGAGAGCCUGGACUCACCCCUUGAUUGCUCUCUGGCCUAACAAAGGAGUCUUGAUUCCUCCCACAGGAGGAUUUUUUCACCUCAGGCUGGUUAAAAACCUUGCAGCCCAGCUGCAAAGCAGAGGCAGAGAUUCCUGAUAGCCCAGAGCUGCCCAACUUCCUAAGAAACCUCAUUCCCACCCUGUUGCUUCCAAGUGCUGCACGGAGGUCAGACUGAUGGAGCCUUUAAAAAAGCAACCAGGGAAGCAACUUCUGCAGCCUAACACUGUGUCCUGCAUUUCUUAGUGGGUCGAGAGUUGGCUUGUUUUCAAAGGAAAUCUCUUUCUUGCUUCCAUUUUAUGUUUUCCAAACUUCUCUUUUUAGAUCCGGAAUGGUAACAGUCCUAUUCUUUCCCCUUUAUAUUCCUCUUUUCUUCUAGACCUUCCAGGUAUACCUGGUUGUAUCUUUUUUCAGUUUUCAUUUAAUUUAUGUGGCUCCAUUUUAAAGAAUUGUCAUGUUGAAAAAGCUGAGCAAUUUUUCUUAAUCUGAUGAAUUCUGACAUGUUGAAAGACUCAGAAGGAAAGAGAAAAUAAAGAGUAAAAUGGAAAUAAAUAUUGAAUUACA